AUGUGUCUCUACUGGAAGAAGUUGCACACAUGCAGCCACCUCUCUGACCGCCCCUACAUCGAGAUGUGCCGCACAGGCUUUCUUUCCAACACAGUGUGUCCCGACAUCAGCGAAGAUGACAAGCCCCGUCCGUCGCACUUCCCUUGCUACCCUUGCAUCAAGCUUGAGGCCCGCAUCGAGGCCGAAGCUCAGAUCCGAUUCGAGCAACACGAGUUUGCCAAAGCCUACGAAACUCGUGAGCGUGCCAUGAGAGAGAAGCAGGCAGCAGAACUGCGGGCCAAGGAGGAACGUGUUCGACGUGAGGCUCGUGACAGGGCGGCAAGAGAGCGAGAGGCAGAGCAGCGUAUGAAGCGCGAAAAAGAAGAGGCUGAGCGCAGGGCCAAGAAGGAGGGAGGUGCUUGGAUUGAGACCUCAGUUGGAAAGAAGCCCAAGAGCAAGAGAAGCGGC